CAACAAUUGAGAUCUCAACCAAAAGAGCCCAAAUUUCAGAAUUUCACGUCACAACCCUAUUUUGGCCGCCGGAGAAGGAGAAAAGAGAAGAUUUGGGACUCAAUUUCGUGAAAUUAACACAAUCGCAGAGAAGAAGACAAUCUAGGAAUGGUGUACGUGCACGUAUGUUUGCUAUAUGGAUCUCAGUCAGCGUUGGCAUUGGUAGACCGUGGUUGCGGAUACGUAAACCUUGUUGACACAAUCAUGUCAGAGUUCAGCUUGGAUCCUACAAAGGUGGCAAUGUCACUGAAGUAUGUCCUGAAUGACAAUUUGCCUCCAGUCAGGAUAAAAAAUGACGGUAACGUCUUCUCGUACAUUCUGUUGAAAGAAUGCGAUCGCGAACCUGCUAAAUACCCAUUAGUCAUCGAUGUUACCGAUGCAGCAAUAGAGAAGCCAUCUAACACGGCUCCAUAUACUGCUUACCAUAGCAGCGAGCUUCAUACAUUGCAGGAUAUGGCAGCUGAAAUAUGCAAAGCAUCGAGUGAACAUGUAGGUCACAUUUACGACAACGAGGUCACAGUUGUUUCAGUAGCAGAAGCUGGGGAGGUCGAAGAAGGAAGGGUUUUCCGUGAUAAGGAGAUUUUAAAAUUGAGCCUAUCCUUGUUUGCCAUAAGGAAUAUGUUUGAGUUCAUGGUUGAGCGGUCAGACAAGAAAGAAUAUGUUGUGAGGUGUUCACAGGAAGGAUGUAGUUGGAUAUGCAGAUCAUCGAAAUGGGACAAAACGAAUCUAUUUAAGAUUCGAAAGAUUGGUAGUCACACAUGUGCAUCAAAUGUAGUGUUGGGGUCACAUAGACAAGUCACAACUGCAGUUGUUUCAUCUAGAAUCAAGUAUAAGUACACUUCGUCCAGCACCAUAUACACACCAAAGGAAAUAUGCAAUGAAAUGUUACAUACUUUUGGAGUUUAUUUGAACUAUACGAAAGCUUGGAGAUGCCGUGAACAAACCUUAAAGAUGAUUAGGGGUGAUCCAACCGAAUCAUUCAGUAGGAUACCAAGUUUCUUUUACAUGCUCCAACAAAAGAAUCCAGGUACGGUCACAUAUCUAGAAAUUGAUAGUCACAACAGGUUCAAGUAUUGUUUUAUGGCACUCGGUGCUUCAAUACGUGGGUGGCCACAUUGUAGGCCUGUAAUUGUAGUCGACGGUACAUACUUAACUGGUCAUUACGGGGGCACACUCUUCACAGCAUGUACACAGGACGCAAACAAUAGCAUAUUUGUUCUUACUUUUGGCGUUGGGGAUAAUGAGAACGAUAACUCUUGGAGAUGGUUUUUAGAAAAACUGAAAGAGGCUUAUGGAUAUAGAGAAGGACUAUGUUUUGUAUCAGACCGUCAUGGCAGUAUAAAGAAAGCAAUAGAACAUGUGUAUUCAGGAGCCUGUCAUUGUAUUUGCUCGUAUCAUUUGCUACAGAACCUGAAACAUUAUUAUGGAAAAUCAGGAGAAAAUAUUACACAAGCUUUCAACUCGGCUGUCCGCACUUACACAUUGGAGGAAUUUGAAUACAACAUGCAUCGACUACACACAAUGAAUGAGAAUAUUACUGGAUACCUGGCUGAAGUCGGCCCUGAAAAGUGGUCGAGAAUUCAUAUACCAGUGAACAGAUUUUCCACAAUGACAUCAAACAUUGUAGAAUUAGUUAAUGCAGUCACAAAGGCAGCUAAGAAUUACCCCCAUUGUGUCGUUGCUAGAGUCUUUACGACAAACAGUGCAAACUUGGUUCUCAAUGACAGGUCCACCUUUGUUGUUGAUAUUGAGGAACGUACAUGCACGUGUCGGAUGAUGCAAGUCGAUCUGAUGCCCUGUCCACAUGCAUUGGCUGUAAUUGCGCAUACAAAAAGGGAUCCAUAUGCUUACUGUUCAUACUAUUACACAAAUGAUGCAUUUUUAAAAGCUUAUGAACAUUCAGUAUAUCCUAUUGGAAACCCAGACGAAUGGACAGUUCCUAACGAAGUACAAAACCAAAUUGUGUUACCUCCUGACCAAAAACGAAGUUGUGGAAGACCUACAGAGAAAAGGAAGAGAUCAUCUAGGGAAGGCAAACCGAAAGUAAGGUGUGGACGGUGUGGUGAACAUGGACACAACCGCAGGAGAUGCUCAAAUUUUCUUCCAUUGAACAAGAGCGUCCGACAGAGUAACAACGUUUGA